AUGCCAACACUCAAACCUCACCUCCUCCUCCUCCCACUACUACUCACACUCCCAUCCCCCACCACCGCCAACACCGAAAAAGUAAUCUUCACAGCGCCCCCUCCCAUCACCCUCGAAACCUUCUCCUCCGCCGCAUCUCCAGCGCUCAACAGUCUGCCCGUCCUCGGCCCGUCAACCAGCUGGUCCCUACGCACAAACCUCACCCGCGUCUUCGCCAACGAGCGAGAAGAAGACGGGCAGCAGCAGCAGCAGCGGGGAUACCCGUCAUGGCUGCUGCUGGAAGACCUCACGCCGGGGCAGCGGUAUGAAGUUCGCGUUUGUUGGUCUGCACUUGAACCAACCGAAUUCACUCUAGACACAUACCCCCUCAACACCAUCCUCUCAACCCCCCACCUCCUCCAAUCCCUAUCUCAACCACACGCCGCCACAUCACCACUCUCAGCCUCCUCAACUCAACAACCUCACCACCAUCACCACCAUCAUCAUCAUCUCCAACAGUCACCACCAAACGAAACCUCGUCCAUCCUACUACUGCGCGUCCUCGCCGCCGCAGACUACUUCUCCCACCACCAUUCCCUCAUGAAGGACCCACCUCCCCCGGUCCUCGUCGACCUCAUCCUGGACCCGUACGUCUACAACGUUCUCCCCCAGUCGCUCGUGCCGACGGUGUGCUAUCUUGUGGUUGUCGGCAUCGCGUCGUGGUUUGUGGCGAGGUGGGCGGCGAGAUCGUUGGCUGCUAUUGCGGAUUCUGAGGACAAGGAGAAAAAACAAAACUAG